CGACUCAGACUGGCUGGGGGUGGCUGUUCUCUGUCAGCCUCCUUGGAGCUGGAGGGGAGCUCUGAGCGCGCCGUCCCUCCCCCUCCAGGGCUCGGUCUCCCUGUUUCUAACGGCUGUCCUCCAGCCUUGGGAGCUCACCGACCGCCCGGCCCUGGCAGCAGGACAGGUGGAGGACCUGCUUUCCAGCCAGGGUCCCUGGGCUCUGGCUGGGACGCUGGAGGCCUGGCUAGCGACCACUCCGGGGCCUGAUGAUGAAGCUGAGCCUGCUAUGCCGGCCCCUGUCCUGCCUCAUCCUGCUGCUUCCCUGGCCUCUGGCCACACCAGCAUCCACUACCCCGUGGCAAUGCCCACCGGGGGAAGAGCCCGGCCUGGACCCAGAGCAGGGUACAUUGUGCAGAUCCUGCCCGCCGGGCACCUUCUCAGCCUCAUGGGGCUCCAGUCCAUGCCAGCCCCAUAACCGCUGCAGCUUUCGAAGGCGGCUGGAGGCCCAGGCAGGCACGGCGACUCAGGAUGCGCUCUGUGGAGGCUGCCAGCCUGGGUGGUUUGGGCCUUGGGAGGUCCCCCGUGUUCCAUGUCAGCCGUGCUCCUGGGCCCCUCCGGGUACUCGAGGCUGCGAUGAAUGGAGGCGGCGGACCCGGCGUGGCGUGGAGGUGGCUGCAGGGGCCAGCGGUGCCGGCGAGACGCGGCAGACCGGGAACGGCACGCGGGCGGGCGGCCCCGAGGAGACGGCCACCCAGUACGCGGUGAUCGCCAUUGUGCCUGUCUUCUGCCUCAUGGGGCUGCUGGGCAUCCUGGUGUGCAACCUGCUCAAGCGGAAGGGCUACCACUGCACGGCUCACAAGGAGGUCGGGCCCGGCCCUGGAGGUGGAGGCAGCGGCAUCAAUCCCGCCUACCGGACCGAGGAUGCCAACGAGGACACCAUUGGGGUCCUGGUGCGCCUCAUCACAGAAAAGAAAGAGAAUGCGGCGGCCCUGGAGGAGCUGCUGAAGGAGCACCAUAGCAAACAGCUGGUGCAGACGAGCCACAGGCUCGGGCCCAGGCCGCCGCCAGCUGCCCCCGGCACGCCGCACAUCUGCCCACACCGCCACCACCUCCACACCGUGCAGGGCCUGGCCUCGCUCUCUGGCCCGUGCUGCUCCCGUUGUAGCCAGAAGAAGUGGCCGGAGGUGCUGCUGUCUCCUGAGGCUGCAGCCGCUGCCACGCCUGCCCCCAGCCUCCUGCCCAACCCUGUUAGGACACCCAAGACUGGGGCCAAGGCGGGCCGCCAGGGCGAGAUCACCAUCUUGUCUGUGGGCAGGUUCCGGGUGGCUCGAAUUCCGGAGCAGCGGACGAGUUCAGGGGCAUCUGAGGUGAAGACCAUCACGGAGGCCGGGCCCUCAGGGAAUGAGCCCCCCGACUCCCCACAGCCUGGCCUCCAGGCUGAGCAGCGGGCACUGCUGGGCAGUGGCGGAAGCCAUGCUAAGUGGUUAAAGGCCCCAGUGGAGACCAAGGCCGAGGAGAACCGCUAUGUGGUCCGGAUGAGCGAGAGCAACCUGGUGAUCUGAGGCUGCCUGGUGUGUGGACACCACAGCCCCGCCCUGGGAGGCGCCGAAGGUUUCCUGGAGGAGGGAAAGCUGCAGCCGGGGGUACCAAGAAGCCACGGCCCAGCAGCCCAAGCGGCAGAGGCCGAGGCCUGGAGGUGGGCCCGUCCGCCCCAGUGAGGCACUGUGUGCAGGAGUGGACUGAGAGCCCCGCCCCGCCCCCCACGGCCCCGCCCCCGUGCCCGCCCUGCAGAUCCUAGGAGCCCUGGGGGUUCUCUGUAGCACCAGGGGCUUGGCAGAGGAGGGCUCUGUGCCUGGUGCCCUCUGCCCCUGCACGGGGCUCUGGGGCAGACGUGCCUCCCCCUCCUCUGCCAGCAGGCCCGUGCGGGGGAAGGGCGACGGGCAGGCCUAGGCUGGGAGGUGCUGUCUGCGAUCUGGUCUUGGGCAUGGCCACCGGGGCUGGGGUCGCACUGUGAAGCUGGGAGGCAGCGUCGCGGCGCCCAGGGCCGCCCAGCUCCUGGCGGGCUCUGCGCUGGGUCGAGUGGGGAGAGCUCGGCCCUGCACCCCUCCCGUUAGUAGUUUUACCUGGCCCUAUUUCUGCUGCUUCCGGGGCCCUCGCAGGGCUGUACUUCCCACGGCUCUGCUUCGUGCAUGUGCCUGCCCCUGCCUCUGCCGUUCGCAGUGAAAUUCAAACAUGGACUUGACCUGGGCAGGGCCGCCCCUGAGAUGUCAGGCGUCUCAGGGCAGGGGGCGUUGGCCGGGCUGGGGGUGCUCAGGCGUCUGUGGCUUCCCAGUCCCCGUCCCCCAGCUCUGCGCAGCGCGGGUGGCUGCCGGCCACGCCCCAUCUCCACGCUGGCCCAGCCGCCUCGCCUCGUUAUUUAUGUGGGGCCGUGCAGGCGCGGGCCCACUGCCCCUCCCCACCUCCUAUUUAUUGAAACUCGCUGUUGUCCUGUCCUUGCGUCUCCAUCUCCAUCCACUUGUGGAACAAUAAAAGGUGGGAAAGCUG